AUGGCGGCUCUGCUGGAAGAGACUCUAUUCACCCUGAGCGGUCAAAGCCUCCCCCCUUCUAAAGACCUGUACCAGAUCAUCAUCACACACCAACAGGUGAUCUGGAGAUGGUGGAAGGUUUCUCUGAGGAUCGAGUUCAGAGGAGCAGCGCCUGGAGAGCUGAAACUGUCCCACGAAGAGUUUCUGAACGAUGCCAGACUGCAGCACCAGGUCGGCAUGGUUUUCGGUCCUAACGUCCUGGGGUACACCUUGGCUCUGUGCCAGGGACACUUUGACUACCUGGAGCGUUUACCUGACCGGCUGCUGCUGCGCAUCCUCUCCUUCCUGGACGUCCAGGACAUCUGCUGCCUCGGCCAGACUUCACGAAGAUUCAGAAAGCUGUGCGACUGUAAGGCUGUGUGGGAAUCAGCCAUACGGAGCUGCAGUGAGGAGAUCUCUGAAAAUUUGGAGGCUCUGGCGGAGCAGAUGGGCUGGAGGAGGAUCUAUUUCACCUUUUACCACAACAAACCUCCCAUGGGCAGCGUGGUGGAUCAUCCAGAACCAACAGAACAGCCUGAAAAUCCCGAACCUGAACAACCCAAUUUACCCGAACCUGAACAACCAGAACAACCCUAACCUGAACAACCCAAACUGCCCAUACCUGAACAACCAGAACAACCCAAACCCAAAAAACACAAACCCGAACAGCCUGAACUGGACCAAACCAUUUAAACACAAAUCCUUCACAAACACUUUUAUCUCAGUGUUAUUGUGUGCAGUUCUGAAGUAUUAAUGAAAGUAACUUCUUUAAAGUGUUUCCAGAUACAGUGUUUAAA